UUUUCUUAUAGCUAAAGUGAAUCAUGAUAACUAUAAUAAGAAGAAAUCCAACGGGUUGCUUGACAAAGCCAGGUGUAAUUAGUUUCAUUCUGGCUUCAUAAAUUUUCACUGUUUGUACAAAACAGGCAAGAAAAAUGUGCAGAAGAGUUGGAUGUAUGGCUUUCCUCCUCCUCACUUUCGCUCAACUUCAUCUUCUCCAGGCAAAGGAAGAAGAGUGCUCGUAUACAUUAGAGGUGAAGACAUCAUGCAAUAUACUCGAUUCAGGGACACGUGAUCGGGUCCUCGUGAGGUUUGGGGACAAAAGCUUUUAUGACGCUAACAAAACUGAGGUGCUGGAACGGCAUCUGAGUCAGUCCAUGAAUGAAGGCAAUGCGAAGCCCUUCAGGAGGUGCAAAACCGAUAAGUUCAACUUAAGUGGGCCUUGUGUAAAGAAACAAUUGUGUUAUGUAUAUUUUAAAGUCGAGGGCACAGAUAAUUGGCGCGUCAAUGAUGCCGUAAUUCAUCAUGAAUACGGCAAUGAUAUAUUCCACUUGAAUAAAAGGCUUCCAGAGAAUGCCUGGUAUGGUCUUGAAUACUGCAACGAGAAUUUACAGAUGAUUGCCUCUUUCGCGGAUAAGAAGGAUGCACAUAAGCACGUGAGUCCCAAGGUUAAACCCAGAAGGAAAAAAGCUAGGGCAUAAAUGACCAUUGCUUACUAGAAGAUUUGGUAACAGCUUGAACAUCACAAAUCUUCUCUAAUAAACGGUUAUCCACUGGUAUUGAGGGUAGACAGGGUGUUUGAUCUUCUUUGUAUUGGGGAUGUUUGUGUAGUAGUAAUCUCUUUCCUGUGGUAAGAUGAAAGAGACAUUAAGUUUUGUAUGUUUGAAAUCGUUAGAAGAUAUUGGUUUUGAUUAUUAAGCUUUGUAUUGUAUUAAAACUCAAUCAUACAUCGAUAUG